GCCGUUAAACUAAACAUUUCCCGCCCUCGAAGCAAACCCUAUAUAAACCCAACGCAACUCAUUUCUCUCCAUUCUCACUCUCACUUUUUCGGCAAAGUUUGCUCUGACUUCGCCAAUUUUAUCAUCAAAAAGCAUCGAUAUUAAUCCGAUUAUCCAAAAAAAUUUCGAAAUUGAUUUGCAUUUCGAAAUAGAUGAAGUUGAAGAUCAACAAAGCCUGCGAUCUAAAUUCUAUUUCUGUUCUUCCUCCUCACACCAGGAGAUCGAACAUUAUGCAACAACCGAGAACGCAUCCUUCGCAACAAUCGUUCUCUCAGGGAUUUUCUUCGCAGCAGAACGGGAUUUUCUCUCAGAUUUCUCAGAACUCCGUCGGCGAUGCCAUCACAGAAUAUCAGAAACUUGGUUCACAAGAGAAAGAUAACUCAAUUAAAAGGCUUUCUUACCUUGCUCCCAUUUCUUCAUACUCACGGGAAGAGAACCAGAAGGCAAUUACCAGAUCUUCCUCCAGUUUAACUCGUAGAUGGAGCUCUGCCAAUGUAGCAGAUCAUGAUAGUCAGCAAAAUGAUGAACUUGAACAAAAAAUCACUAUGAUGGAAACAUCCCUAACCUCUUCUUUAAACAGGUUAGGGAUAAUAUUGGAUUCUGUUCAGGCUGAUGUCAUGCAAGUAAAUAAAGCAACAAAAGAGCUAUCUCUUGAAGUGGAUAGCAUACGUCAGAAGUCAGUUGCUCAUCAAGAUUCCCUCCAUUUUCUGAAUCGAGCACAAGAAGAUCAGAAUAGAGCACAAGAUGAGACCAGAUGUAGCCUGGAGCUGAUUAGCAAUCAGUUGCAAACUAUAAUACAGCAGGACAAGAUCCAAGAAAUUCUAUUAGCAGUUUCAAAUUUGCGGGAGCAGAUUGACAACAAUUAUCAAACACAGAAGGACGAACUCUCUAAGUGCUUAUCUAGAGACCUGCAGGCAAUUAUACGCAGCCUUGGAACUGUCCAUAAAGAAAAUAUUCCCCCUGCCAUCCUUCGGCCAAAGGUCACUGGUGCUGGAAGUGGUACCCCAACAUCGAAGCCAAACAUUAUAAGGGAAGCAGAGCCAUUAAAAAUAGAAAUAGGAAGCUGGAAAACUGUCAAAGCAGAGCUUACUUCUAAUUUCGCUAAACAAAAUGAAAACUUGUGCAGGAAUCUGAAACAAAGAAGAGCGUCUCUGGAUAAAGAACAAAAAACCAUUAUUAAUCUAGAUGAUGACACCGAUGAUGAUCUUUCUUGCUUAAUAGUUAUGAAUAAACCAGGUAAGCAAUUUUUGGAUGAAUUGGAGGAAGACACUGCUGAGAUCCUUAGAAAAGCCAGGAGAAGAAAGAGAAAACAAGACUGUAGGAGAUCAAUCGUGGCUCAAAGAAAGUGAAGGUAUGGUUCUCAUACUUGCAGUAUGAACACUACUGUCUCCUUACUUAUUGAUGACAUCAAAGUGUGUUCUUUUACGUUUAUAAACUAAAGAAACUAAUAUUAUAUGCUGUGCUUACCACCUUAAUGGAAAAUUAUACUAUAUUGUAAUCAAUUGAAAAAGAGGUCCCUCUUUAAUAAUUAUCUGAUGAACCAAAAAGACGUACCCACUCUUCUUUGGCCCCAAAUAUAUCUUCUAUCCGAUUCAAAAUGAUUAACUCAAAAGACUUGCUAAUCUGUAGAAAAUA